AGCCGCGAGCUGCCCGACGGGGAGUGGGCUCUGCACUCUGCCUCUGUCAGCCACAAUGCCACCACCUUCGUCGUGGACAGGCUGAAGCCCUUCACCUCCUACAAGUUCCGUGUGAAGGCAACAAAUGACAUUGGGGACAGUGAGUACAGUGAGGAGUCGGAGUCGCUCACCACCCUGCAGGCAGCCCCUGAGGAAGCUCCCACCAUCCUCUCCAUCACUCCACACACCACCACAUCAGUGCUCAUCCGCUGGCAGCCCCCAGCUGAGGACAAGAUCAAUGGGAUCCUGCUGGGUUUCCGUCUCCGGUACCGGGAGUUGGUGUAUGACAGCCUACGUGGCUUCACCCUGCGUGGCAUCGGCAACCCUGGGGCCACGUGGGCUGAGCUCACCCCUGUCUACGCCGUGCACAACCUCAGCGAGGUGUCCCUCACCCAGUACGAGCUGGAAAACCUGAGCAAGCACCGGCGCUAUGAGAUCCGCAUGAGUGUGUACAAUGCUGUGGGUGAGGGUCCCCCCAGCCCUCCCCAGGAGGUGUUCGUGGGGGAAGCAGUACCCACCGGAGCACCCCAGAAUGUGGCAGUGCAGGCUGCCACGGCCACCCAGCUGGAUGUCACCUGGGAACCACCACCUGUCGAGACCCAGAACGGGGACAUACAGGGCUACAAGAUCCACUACUGGAAGGUACAGGGCCAGAAUGGGAGUGCACGAGUGAAGACUCUUUUUCUGCCCGAGAACGGGGUGAAGCUGAAGAACCUGACUGGGUACACCUCGUACUGGGUCAGCGUUGCUGCCUUCAAUGCUGCAGGGGAUGGACCCCGAAGCAUCCCUGUCAAGGCACGGACACAGCAGGCAGCCCCCAGUGCCCCUGGCUCCAUCCGGUUCAGCGAGCUGACCACCACAUCAGUGAACGUGUCCUGGGAGCCACCACCACUGCCCAAUGGUGUCCUCGAGGGCUACAGGCUGGUCUAUGAGCCCUGCACGCCCGUGGAUGGCGUCAGCAAGAUCGUGACGGUGGAUGUGAAGGGGAACAGCCCCCUGUGGAUGAAGGUGAAGGACCUGGCUGAGGGUGUCACCUACCGGUUCCGACUCCGGGCCAAAACCUUUGCCUAUGGGCCAGAUGUUGAGGCAAACAUCACCACGGGGCCUGGGGAAGGUGCCCCUGGCCCUCCUGGAGAGCCCUUCAUCUCCCGCUAUGGCUCAGCUAUCACCAUCCACUGGUCGAGUGGGGACCCUGGCCAAGGGCCCAUCACCAGAUAUGUCAUCGAGGCUCGUCCCUCAGAUGAGGGGCUCUGGGACAUCCUUAUCAAAGACAUCCCCAAGGAGGUGACCUCCUACACCUUCAGCAUGGACAUCCUCAAGCAGGGGGUCAGCUAUGACUUCCGUGUUAUCGCUGUGAACGACUAUGGCUAUGGGACCCCCAGCACACCUUCCCCCUCUGUGUCAGCCCAGAAAACCAACCCAUUCUAUGAGGAGUGGUGGUUCCUAGUGGUCAUUGCCCUGGUGGGGCUCAUCUUCAUCCUCCUCCUCGUCUUUGUGCUCAUCAUCCGUGGGCAGAGCAAGAAGUACUCCAAGAACUCCAAGGCAACUGCCCUGAGCCAUGGUGAGAUGGUGAGCCUGGAUGAGGGCAGCUUCCCUGCCCUGGAGCUCAACAACCGUCGCCUCUCCGUCAAGAACUCCUUCUGCAGGAAGAAUGGCAUCUAUACCCGGUCCCCACCACGGCCCAGCCCUGGCAGCCUCCACUACUCGGAUGAGGAUGUGACCAAGUACAACGACCUGAUCCCUGCUGAGAGCAGCAGCCUGACAGAGAAGCCCUCCGAGGUCUCCGACUCCCAGGGCAGUGACAGUGAGUACGAGGUGGACCCAGGCCACCAGAAAGCUCACUCCUUCGUCAACCACUACAUCAGUGACCCAACCUACUACAACUCGUGGCGGCGGCCGCAGAAAGGCAUCUCCCGGCCGGAGCCAGGCCAGCCCGUAGGAGCCUUCCCGGCGGCUCCCACCAGCCGAGUGAUGCUAAUCCCUCCUGACUGCGCUGUCUCAGCCAUCUCCCCCGUGACAGGACAGCGUCAG